AUGGUUUUCUUCAAAAUUAUUCUUCUCCACUUCGCAGUUGCCGUGAUAAAGGACAGGAAGGAGGUCGAGAACACGACCUCUACUACAACGACAUCGACGGCUACUACGACAACUACCACUACAACGACCACAACUGCGACUCCCGUUAGCUUGGACUCCCUCUUCUCAGCCCUUGAUGUGCCAAAGAAGAAGUUCUCUUCAUUCUUGGAUCGCUCAACGAGAGUAUCGGCCGCGAUUUCCCUCGAAAAUUACUCUCACUGGACUAUCCACAAUCUCGGCCACUUCCGCGUGUCCGGUCGUCUUACAUCUGAUUCCGGAAAUCUCAAUCCAGGUAGCGCGUCAUUCAUUUCGGCAAAGAAAAAAUGGGGUCUCUAUGGCGCCCAGAUUCAGCUCAAGUAUUUCUUCGACCCUUGCGAAGCUACCUCCAAUGAUGUCGAUCUAACUGUUUGCUCUAAGAACGACCUCUCUUAUUUGGACAUUAUGUUCGAUCUUCCGUACAAUUUCAACUUUUACAGUAACGUUCUGGCAACCAUGCUCUGCAAGAAAACAGGAGAAAAGAACCUGUGUCCUCGAGAUGUCGACAGUCUUGCAACAGGACCUGGCUACAUGCUCUAUCACAACCACAAUCGACUGUCUCGUAAAAUUUUCAAGAAGAAGAAGGAGGCCUUCCUCAACGAAGAUGAUCAUCUUAUUCUUCGUGCCUCAAUGACGCCAGAGCACAACUCCAUCAUCAAGAUUCAAAUCUUUCCGAAAAAAUACCACGCGCUGGAUACCAAAAUCAUCCGAAAAAUUUCAAGCGAAGAUUACUUCGAAUUUUUAGAGAGUUUGAAACAAGUGGAUGGUCCCGAAGAAACAACUCAAAAACCAAAACGCACAACUCGAGCGACAAUGAGCCAGUCGGAAAUGCCAAGAAGUCGUCUUGGUAAAUAA